GCGUCGCGGUGCCGAGCGUCUAGCAUGCUGCAGCAUCGCGACGGCCCACAAACUCCAUACUCCUCCAGUCGCGUGUUUUGCACAAAACGGACCGGUUCGAUCAUGGCCUUUGCGGAACAACAAACCCAUCAAUAAAUUUAUAUACGUACACGAACAAUCGCACAUAUAAAAUCCACCCUUAAAUCAAGUGUUCUUAGUUCAGUUUUGUUUAGUUUAGUUAUUAUUUUUUGUUUGUUUAAUUAACAUGGAAACCACAGUUUACAUGACGACCAAUCUGGACUGUAAAACAAGAUUUGUCAAUUGGUUGAAACGUGUUCAAUUGAAAGCAGCCCUGCAACACAUCCUGCUUCUCGUUGCUCUGAUGGUUUACACACUUCUCGGUGGAUUGGUGUUUAGAAGCGUGGAGUAUCCGGCAGAGGUGGCUCGUUUAACGCAUUUGAAUCAAGUGGUGAACGCCAGAAGACACCACUUGGUUAAUCGGAUCGUGAAUAACUCGGAACUAAGCAACUUGGGUGAUUUGGUUUUGAUGGAGGUGAAGGACUACGAGAAAGUUCUGCAGGAUGCCGUCCUCGGAGGUCUCACAGACAACUCGCGACCUCUUGAAGAGCUCGAGAAGUGGACUAUCCUCAAAGCCGUCUUCUUCUCCUCCACCGUCAUCACGACAAUAGGAUAUGGUGAUAUAGUACCUAUGACGACGGAGGGAAGGGCGUUCUGCAUAGUGUUCGCCUUGGUCGGCAUCCCAUUAACCCUGACCGUGAUUGCGGAUUGGGGUCGGCUCUUCGCAACGACCGUGUCCACGCUCAUGAGUCAUCUACCAUCCGUACCGAAGAUGUGCAAAACAGCAACGGUAGCAAGGACGUCGUCGUACGCGCUCCUCGCAGUGUGCUUCCUGUUCAUCUAUUUAGCUGCAGGCGCAGGACUCUUCGUGAUGUGGGAAGAGGAUUGGACGUUCUUCGACGGUUUCUACUUCUGUUUCAUAACGAUGACGACGAUAGGCUUCGGGGAUCUGGUUCCAGACAAACCAACGUACAUGCUACUCGCGACACUGUACAUCCUGAUAGGAUUAGCAUUGACAACGACGAUAAUCGAACUGGUCCGAAGACAAUACGCUCAAUCAUGGAGACAACUGCAAGCACUUUCUGGACCAUUGGCGGAUAACCUGAGGAAACUGGCGGAGAACGCGCCGGGAUUGGACGUUUCCGAUCUACGAAGGGUCCUGACAGCGGUGACCUUGGCUAAGAAGUUCAAUACCCAAAGAAGCGUCGGUCAGAAGAUCGAAGCGAACGGCGGCGACUGGGAGACGAUGGAAGCGGUCAUCAGAGGCUUCACCGAAGCGGCGCAGAAGAACAAACCUCCGAUAGUGCAGGUCGUCAUUUACGAGAGUUCUGUUUAGAGAUCGCUCCCGUCUAGAAAACAAGUAAAAGUUAUUGGCCAAUAGUUUAUAAAACG